AUGUGCAUAUGUCUCCUGCCCCUGCUGGGCUGGGCUUGUGCCACCAAUCUGGCCUAUUUGCCGCGUCAAAGCUCACGCAGCCUGCAGCACGCCUACCAUUACGAAGCCCCCUCCUCCUCCUCCUACUCCUCCUUAUCCGCAGAGACCAAUCCCAGCACCAUGGCCGCCCUGCGACGCAUCAUACUGGGACACUUGCAGCGCUUCCAGCAGGCAGAUAGCCUGCAUGAGGCCAACAUCGCGCAGUUCUCGCGACGAGCGUUGACGCGACAGGCGAAACCGGACACUCACUUGGCCAAGAGACUCAACCAAAUGGCCGCCGUGCUGCCUUAUGCUGCGAGCGCCUCGCACGAAAAAUACGCCUUGCCGCCCAACACCCCCACGCCCAAGAACUAUGCGCAGAACUUUCUGCCGGAUGGAGAGGAUGUGGUACCCGGAAGUUCGUACAUACCGCUGCGUUUGUUAUUAAUACGCUAA